UUUUCUUUUUUUUUUAAUAUUACUCCCAUAUUAGCGGUCUCGUUUAAUAAUUAUAAAAAACCUAAACAAUAAUUAAAAGAAAAAUUAAAUACUAAAAAUAAUGCCGCUAUUAAGUACGAUUCGUCGUCGUGAUAGUUCACAAAAAAAGAAUCAAAUUCAAGAACAACAACACACAACGACACAAGAUAAAAUGGCAACAUCUUCAUUUAAAAAGAAAUUUCACGUCCCAUUUUUUCAUAAUACCUCAAAAACUGCUCCAGCAAAAGAUUCUACUCUUCAAAGCGUUUUAGCUUCCACACAAAAGAAAAAUAGUCCAAGUUUAAGACGUAGAACUAUCGUUCAUCAUACUGAUUGUCGUCGAAAUACAAUUUGGUCAGAUAAUGUUGAUGAAGAGCUUGUUGCAAAUUUGGCUCCAAAAGAGUUAAAUCGUCAAGAAGUACUUUUUGAAAUUAUUAAAACUGAGCAUGAGUAUGUUCGCGAUUUACGUUUAAUUGAAGAAUAUUUUAUCAAUCCUAUUAAACAAGCAGAAGAAAAACAUCGCAAACAUAUAGUACCAGAAAAUUUGAAUAAAGUUUUCAAUUCAAUUUCAUACUUUUUAUUCAUUCACGAAGUCAUUAGUAAUUGUUUAAAUGAACGUCAAGAAAACCAAUUCCCAUUGGUUCGAAGUAUUUCUGACAUCCUUUUAUCAUAUGUUUGGGUAUUCCGAGCUUAUGCACCAUAUCUUAUUCAUUAUGAAGAUGCAUUAAGAGAACUUGAUGAAUCUAUUAGAAAGAAGGAUAAAUUAGGUCGUCUUGUCCGAAAACAACAAAAAUCUCCAUCUUGCAGAAAUAUGCCUUUGACCACAUACCUUCUUAAACCAUUUCAACGUCUUCUUAAAUACCCACUUCUUAUCACAAAUUUACUUAAAGGAACAGAUAAAGAUGGUUUCGAUUAUGAUAAAACAGUAUCACUUAAAUUAAAACUUGAUGAAGUUCUUGCUGAUGUUGAAGAACAAAAACGAGAACAUGAUAAUAUGGAACGACUUCGAGAACUUGAAACAAGAAUUCAUGGUCUUGGACAAUUUCGUUUAGCUAUCAAUAAUCGUCAACUUCUUAAGGAAAGUCCAGCAUGUCAAACAUCAUUCACUCUCAAAAAACAACCAUCUCUUCGAAAAUCUUUAACAGUAAUGUCAUCACCAACAUUAAAUCAAAAACGUCAUUCAGUUCGAAAUCUUUAUACUCUGGAGUGUAAUGAUAUAGUUCUUUUGGCCGAAAGAACUGGUGCAACAAAAGAUGGUCACCCUGUUUACAAAUUAGUUUCAAGACCACCUUCACCUAUAGAUGAUGAACCUGUAAUGGUUCAUACUAGACCUGAAGAUUCUGGUGUUUAUUAUGAGGAUUAAAUGAAUGAUUUUUGUUUUGACACAUCCUUCCCUUCUUUAUCUCAUUAAUACUUAAUUUUGGGAAGUUUUCCUUU